GGCUUUUGGUGUCUGGGUAGGUAUAGGAGUUUCCUUUCUUCCGACCAAAUAAACACCAAUUGCCAAGUUCAAUUACUCUUCUCCCACCAACGACUAUGAGAAGAAGAUUCAAUCUGAACCCACAGACAAGUAAAUAAAUAACGCCGCACAUCAAAAGCCGACAUCCCCUGUUUUUGGCGGCGGCUCUGUAAAUUGCACCAAAAAGGAUAAACCUUUCCCCUUCCCCACCCUCCCUCUUUCUGAUCUUGAUCCACCCAGUUUGAGCAAUCCAUAUCCCCUCUUACACCUUACGCCCUCCCCUUUAAUGGCGGCCAUCCCCACUUCACUUUGCUUUUACAUCUCUACUCCUCUCCAUGUUUUCUUACUCCUCCUCUUCUUCAUCGAAUUCUGCACCGACUUCAUACAAUAUCCCCAAACUUAGUCAACCAGCUACCAGACUAACUAUUCUUUGACUCAUAUAAACCAUUUUGUUUACACGUGUGCUCACUCCAUUCCUUUUAGAUUCCUUGUCGCCUCUUCGUAAAUGUCUUUUAUAUACUCCCCUUUUUAAGCUAAUUCAGAAACAAAGUGAACUCAGACAUGAAAGGUGGUGGUGCUUUUCACAGAUUUUGCCUCUGUUUUCUCCUUGCAAUCUUUCUUGGUAAUGAAUUCAAGUUGGUUCAUUUGAGAGUUCUUCAGGCAGCUGCAAGAGAAAACAGAAAUGGGAUUUCUUCGAUGUCGCUUCAAUCUUCUAAUAGUGGUAAAGAGAUGAAUCGUAUUGGUUCGGAAUGUUCAAAAAAAGAUAUCAUUAUAUUUCAAGGCCCAGCAACUCCACUACCGGGUGGGAUUCCAACAUACAUAGUUCAGAUCUUGAACUCAUGUGCUUCAGACUGCAGCAUCUCCAACAUUCACGUGAAAUGUGGAUGGUUCAGCUCAGCCAGAUUGGUGAAUCCAAGAAUUUUUAAGCGAGUCAGUUAUGAUGACUGCCUUGUCAAUGAUGGUCGGGCUCUUGGUCCUGGUCGAACUCUGUCUUUUCAAUAUGCUAAUACUUUCCCUUACCCUCUUUCUGUAUCUUCUGCAACUUGUUCUUUUUAACUUUACAAGUCUUUGAACAAACAGUCGAUGAACCUUAAGAAUUGUCUGUGAUCAAUCAAUAUUCUAGGAAAUCCAUCUUCUAUAUAUAUAUAUACAUUAUGGUUGAGAUAUGAA